AUGGCUUAUACUGAAGAACAUAAGGUUUUGUUCGGUACUCAUAUGUUGUCUGAAGAAGCUGAAGAUUGGUGGGAUAACACUCGCCAAAUACUAGAAGUUGUUGGUGCUGAGAUCACUUGGACUGUGUUUAGGGUGCAAUUCCUGGAGAAGUACUUUCCUGAAGAUGUGGGUAGCAAGAAGGAGAUUGAAUUUCUCAAGCUUAAGCAAGGGAACAUGACAGUUGCUGAGUAUGCCGCCAAGUUUGAGGAGCUAGUGAAGGCUCGUUUUGCUCACUACAAGAGUGUUAGUGAGAGGAAGGGGAAGAAUAAGUCCAGAGGAAAACCAUACAGUGCUCCAACUCACAAAGGGAAGCAAAUGACUACUGAUGAGAAGAAGCCAAGUGGGGGAGUGACUCCCGCUUCUGUCAAGUGUCACCAUGUUAUGGAUUGUAAGAGAAAUGCGCCGAUUUGUUAUAACUACGAUGGUAUUCUUUUGAUUGUUAUUAUUAACACGGGUGGGAUGCAUUUGUUUGUUUCACUUGAUUAUGCUGAGAAGUUGGGUUUGAAAUUGUCCUCUAUGGAUAGGAGCAUGAUCGUUGACACCCCGAUUCUGGGUCUGAUACUCACUUUGUGGGUUUGUUUGAAUUUCCCGGUUACUAUAUAUGGUAAGAUAUUUGGUAUGGAUUUAGUGUGUUUUACUUUGAGGAACCUCGAUGUUAUCCUUGGAAUGAACUGGUUGGAGUUCAACCAUGUUCAUAUCAACUGUUUUGCCAAGACAGUGUCAUUUUCGGAUUUUGAUACUAGUGAUGAGUUGUUUGUGUUAGCUAAGCAAGUGAAUGAGUUCGUGAAGGAUGAUGUUCCAGUGUUUAUGGUAUUAAGUUCUAUGAAGGCGGAGACUAAGGUUGUGUUGGACGAACUACCUGUGGUGAGUGAUUUUCCAGAAGUGUUUCCAGAUGAUAUUAGUGAUUUGCCUCCAGAACAUGAAUUGGAGUUUGCUAUAGGCUUAGUACCUGGUACUAGUCCAGUGUCGAUGACUCCUUACAGGAUGUCUGCUUCAGAGUUGGGUGAACUGAAAAAGCAACUGGAUGAUCUUCUUAAGAAGAAGUUUGUUCAUCUGAGUGCUUCUCCAUGGGAUGUGUCGAUGUUGUUAGUGAAGAAGAAAGAUAGUAGUAUGAGGCUAUGUGUGGACUACCAACAGCUAAAUAAAGUGACUAUCAAGAACAAGUAUCCACUUCCGAGGAUUGAUGAUCUGAUAGAUUAG